AUGGCCACAAGGGGAGUCGUCCCGAUACGACGGGCUCACAAUGCUUCCGGCUUCGGUCUUUUCCGCACUGCCGUGCUUGGCCUUACCAAGGCCUUGACACUGGGCGUGUCUACCGUCGCUGCCGCCCCCAUCCACGCCGUAAACCACCCCGACCGCGAGCCCGAGGCCGAAGGUAGCUCCUUUUGGGUCCUCAUGGGUGCCUCUAUCGCCCUCGUUCUCCUCGGAGGUGCUUUUGCAGGAUUGACCAUCGCCCUGAUGGGACAAGACAGCAUCUACCUCCAGGUCCUUGCCGGCGACCCCGACGAGUCCCAGUCCAGAAACGCCAAGCGCGUCUAUGAUUUGCUCAAGAAGGGAAAACACUGGGUCUUGGUCACGUUGCUACUGUCCAAUGUCAUCGUAAACGAAUCUCUACCCGUUGUCCUGGAUCGCUGUCUUGGCGGCGGUGUCGAGGCUGUUGUUGGCAGUACUGUGCUCAUUGUUAUCUUCGGCGAAGUCGUACCCCAAUCCGUCUGUGUUCGAUACGGCCUUCAAAUCGGCGGUUAUAUGUCCAAGCCCGUGCUCUUGCUCAUGUGGCUUAUGGCGCCUAUUGCUUGGCCCACGGCUAAGCUUCUGGACUGGGCCCUUGGCGAGGAUCACGGCACAGUCUACAAGAAGAGUGGUCUCAAGACCCUCGUCACCCUGCACAAGUCCCUUGGCGAGGUUGGCGAACGCUUGAACUCGGACGAGGUUACUAUUAUUAGUGCAGUUUUGGACCUGAAGGAAAAGCCUGUCGAGAACGUCAUGACCCCUAUGGACGAUGUUUUUAUCAUGGCCGAGGACACCGUUCUUGACGAGAAGACGAUGGAUAUCAUCCUGUCCGAAGGCUAUUCUCGCAUCCCCAUUCACGCCACUGGAAAGCCGACCGACUUUGUAGGCAUGCUUUUGGUCAAGAUUCUCAUUACCUACGACCCCGAAGACUGCCUGCAGGUGAAGGACUUUCCCUUGGCCACACUGCCCGAGACACGUCCCGAAACGAGCUGUCUGGAUAUUGUCAACUUUUUCCAAGAAGGCAAAUCCCACAUGGUCCUGGUGUCCGAGUAUCCUGGUGCCGAUUAUGGUGCUAUCGGUGUCGUCACCCUGGAAGACGUCAUUGAGGAGCUUAUUGGAGAGGAAAUCAUCGACGAGUCAGAUGUAUACAUUGAUGUACACAAGGCCAUUCGUCGCAUGACACCCGCGCCCAAGGCGCGAACUCCGAAGAAGACAGUCCUGCCCUCCCCCAGAGUUAUUCCCCAAAACGGCAAUCUCACCGAGUUCGGCGAAGAGCCACGUGAACGCCAUGGAUCUGUCGGUGCGCUUAGCGACGUCUCGGAGAACAACCUGUCUAGCAGCGCGCCGAGGACGACUUUCCUGAUGAGAAGAAGUUCCACUGGUCCGGACGGGCGUAUGACUUCAUCUGCCGUCCCAGUCAAGGCUACAUUCGAUGAGGCCAAACAGCACCUCAAGCACCUGGGGCCUUCCAAUCGCGCGUCGAACCCCAAGAACACAAAGUCAACAACGGUCAAGAUCAAGCCGGUUCAGGCUGGUGUGCCUCUAUCCCAGAUCCACACCCCCGCUUCCGUGGCUGGUGAUGUGAAUGACCACGGUUUGGACGAAGAUACGGACGAACACACACCUCUCAUGCGGCCCAAACUCACCGGAAAGGGCGCCGUCCAUGCUAUCCGUAAGAGUUAUGGCGGGGCGGGCAUGAGCGAGGCUCAGGCUAGACUCUCCAGUGCCGCUCACGAUGCCGAGGAUGACAAGGCUGCCGGCGAGAUUAAUGUACCUUCCACCGUCCCCGAGAACAACGGCUCCAAAACUGCGGCAAGCGGUAGUCCCGAGGCCGGCCGGACAGACUUGACCAUCAUCGUCUCUCCCGGUCAAGCCAGCAGCGGGACGAGCGUGAUAAGCCCUGUUGAGGAUGAUUUCGCCACCCCAAAGCGCCGACCUCUUGUUCGAAGCGGUAGCAUCAGCGAGAACGUGUUUGAGACCAGCAGUGGUGUGCGGAAAAUCAUUAUUCAGGCGGCCAGCUCGGAUUCCGACGAGACCACAUCUAAGGGAUCCUCCGGACACCGUUCUGGGUCUUUCGGUAAGGUCAAUGUUCGGACUUCCGGUCGCAAUGCCGAGGGCGAAGAAAACGAUGGAGAUGGCAUGUCUAACACUGAUCCAAGCAUCAAUAAUAACAGCAGCAGCCAGCAAGCGAGUAAAAAGAAGAACAGGAGAAAGAAGAGAAAAAACAAGUCGUAG